UGGUCAUGUCUCGGCGUGUAACUCUCAAUUACGUUCCCGAGAGGGUUCAAUGCGUUGAAAAAUUUUACGGCGUCGGAUUCCUCAAUUCAGGAGGAGAGACAACUUGCAAGGAUCUCGUUCAAAGGCUUGCAGUGAAAGAGGGUGAUUCUGUAUUGGAUGUCGGAUCAGGAUCAGGAGGAAUGGCUUUCUAUCUUGCUGAGAACGUCGGUGCUACUGUUACUGGUGUUGACAGUUGUAGCUCAUUGGUUACACUUACAAGACACAGGAGUGAGAUGAAAAGUCUAACUGACAAGGUUACUUUUCUGGAAAAAAGAUAUGAGGAAGUUAGACUUCGAGCCUCAAAUGUUUGACGCAAUUUUGUUUUGGGGAUCUCUUGGCCACGUCAAUACUGAAGACAUUCUUCCAAUGUUUAAGAAAGUUUAUUUUUUAUCCUCGUCUGGUCUUCAACUGUUAGAAUUUGAACACCGACGUGACAACUAUGUACAAGACAGUGCUGAUACACUAGACAAAGUAGAGAAGAAUUGGGACGAAAUUGUGAAGGAUAUAUCAAAGGAGGAAUUGGAGAGAGCCGUUUUGUUUUGGAAAGAGAAGCGUCGAUGGGCGGAAGAAGGUGCUAUGUAUUUUUGCCUUUUGGUGGCUCAACGACCACUGUAACCAAAGGAGAACUAAAUAACACAUGCACGAGAUAUCUUUGGUGUUGCAUGCAUCACUAAUAAAUUAUUUGUGUGCUAAUUGUCAAAGUUGUCCAAUAUAUUUAGGCAAUUAGUAA